AUGGCCUCUAGAGCUCUAAGCCCCCGUAAUCUUAAUCUUUCCUACUCGCUAGAGACACCUGAGAAAGACCCAGAAGUACCCGCCUUCAAAGGGAAAAGAUAUAAGCCUACAAAGAUACCCAAAAUCCCGGUCACCAGAUCUCGCUCACCACCCCCAUUGGAGAAUACACUCCCUAAAUCAACCCCCUUCUCACCUAUUAGACACUCAAAACCUCCUAGAGUGGCACAGAAUCUUCUGCCACGCCGGUUGCAACAGUCAAAAGUUAUUGAGCCCAGUACAAUUGUCAAUCUUUUCCUCACCGAGACUUUGAUGUCAGAAAUUGCAUUCAAUACCAAUUGCUAUGCUACAACGAAGGAUGCUGGACUAGAGGGACGUGGGUGGAGGCCAGUGUUUUUAGAAGAAAUGAAGACAUGGUUCGGAAUCAUUAUUUACAUGGGAGUUUGCCGUAUGCCAGCCGUGGAAGACUACUGGAAAAAUAGUGGUCUUUAUCCGUUGCAUCAUAUUAGAGAUUACAUGUCUCUUACGCGCUUCGAACAAAUCCGGAGAUAUUUCCACGUUGCACAUCCCGAGGCACCAAAGGAAACUACGUCAGGACGACGUCUUUGGCACUCAAAAGUUGACCCCCUCUUGAAUCAAUUACGGGCUGCAUCACGGAAGUACCGACGCCCACCAAUAAAGGUGUCAAUUGACGAAGCUAUGAUACAAUGCACUGGUCAUUCUAAAGACACGUACAAAAUGCCUAGUAAGCCGAUUGAUCAAGGUUAUAAGUUCCAUUGCUAUGCAGCUGCCGGUUAUGUUUAUGAUUUUUUCCCGACAUCGAACCAUUCUGGCCCUGACCCAAUACCGUCCUCUGGGUUUCCCGAGGUGGAUGAGAUAAGCGCUACUAGCCGAUUAGUUUUUCACCUCAUGCAACGCAAUUGUGAUGAGUACGGCCUGGAUCAAUCUUUUGAUGUUUUUAUGGAUAAUUUCUAUACAAAUUUACCCCUCUUUUCCGCACUCAGAAUACGCCUUGGAGUUGGAGCAUGUGGAACGGCCCGCUCCAACUCUAAAGACUUCCCUACCGAACUAUCAAUACCUAAAAAUUCGAAACUACCAUAUCACUGGAGGACAUCACUUGUUGUCAAUGGCGUUGCUGUCAUGCUUUGGAUGGAUUCAGCGCCUAUCGAAAAAAACCCGGUCCGAAAAGCACCAAUGCGGCAGGUGUAA